GCGGCGCGGAAGCAGGGAUGCUCGGGCGAGGGGCCGCCGCGCUGCUGCUGGUGCUGCUCGGAGCGGCGCGGUCGGGGUUUGGGGCUCCGCGCCGCUACACCCCAGACUGGCCGAGCCUGGACUCCCGGCCGCUGCCCUCCUGGUUCGACGAGGCCAAGUUCGGGGUGUUUGUGCACUGGGGCGUGUUUUCGGUGCCGGCCUGGGGCAGCGAGUGGUUCUGGUGGCACUGGCAGGGCGAGGGGCAGCUCGGGUACCAGCUCUUCAUGCGGGACAACUACCCGCCCGGCUUCACCUACGGCGACUUCGGGCCGCAGUUCACGGCGCGCUUCUUCCGCCCUGACGAGUGGGCCCAGCUCUUCCAGGCCGCGGGGGCCAAGUAUGUGGUCUUCACCACAAAACAUCAUGAAGGCUUCACAAACUGGCCCAGUCCAGUAUCUUGGAACUGGAACUCUAAGGACAUAGGCCCCCAUCGGGAUUUGGUGGGUGAGUUGGGAGCAGCUCUCCGGAAGAGAAACAUACGCUAUGGUCUCUACCACUCACUCUUGGAGUGGUUCCACCCGCUGUACCUACUUGAUAAGAAGAACAAGCUCAAUACUCAGCAUUUUGUCAGUUCCAAAACGAUGCCAGAGCUGUAUGACCUUGUAAACAGCUACAAGCCCGACCUCCUCUGGUCUGAUGGCGAGUGGGAAUGUCCCGACACUUACUGGAACUCCACCUAUUUUCUCUCUUGGCUGUACAAUGAUAGCCCCGUCAAAGAUGAGGUGGUAGUAAAUGACCGAUGGGGAAAGAACUGUUCCUGUCACCACGGAGGAUACUACAACUGCCAAGAUAAAUUCGUGCCUGAGAGCUUGCCUGAUCACAAGUGGGAGAUGUGUACCAGCCUCGACAGGGCGUCCUGGGGCUACCGGCGGGACAUGAGCUUGGCCGACGUCUUGAGCGAGACUGAAAUCAUUUCGGAACUGGUUCAGACUGUCAGUCUGGGAGGCAACUAUCUUCUCAACGUGGGGCCUACUAAAGAUGGACUGAUCGUCCCCAUCUUCCAAGAAAGGCUGCUGGCCGUGGGCAAGUGGCUGCAGGUCAGUGGGGAGGCCAUCUAUGCCAGCAAGCCCUGGAGGGUACAGCUGGAGAAGAACAAGACCUCUGUGUGGUAUACGUCAAAAGACUUAGCUGUUUAUGCCAUUUUUCUGAAGUGGCCAGAAAAUGAAGUUUUAUAUCUUAAAUCCCCCAUAACUACCUCAGCUACAAAGGUAACCAUGCUAGGACUCAAGGGGGAUCUGAAGUGGUCCAAAGACCCGGAUGAAGGUCUGUACAUCUCCCUGCCUCAGUUGCCUCCCUCUGCUCUCCCAGUGGAGUUCGCCUGGACCGUGAAGCUGGCAGAUGUGAAGUGACCCUGGAGCUCAGGAGGAGAGGGGCGCAGCCUGGUUUGUGCUGCUUUGAUUUCUCUCUCAGAGCCGGCAUUGCAAUAAAGCCACUUCUUUCCCCACCCCGAGAUGGCCUUUCCAACACUUUGAUCCAGGACCCUGAACACAUCACCCCGAUGACUGGGGGGCCCGUUGCUAGAGUGUCUCUCUCUGCCCAGCAAAAUAUGGGGCUGCACCAUUAAGCCAAGUUCACACACUACAUGGUGGGGACGCCUGUUCAUAACCUGCUUGCCUGCUCAAUGACUUCAGUCAGCCGGCUCCUCCCAUUCCCUGUGGGAGUGGGCGAGGAGUCUGGAGAGCUUAACCACAGGCUGUGUUUAGUAUCAGGGGUCACCAGUUGCAUCCCCAAAGCCGAGGAAGCCUGGUGGGGAAGGAAAACCCUACCGGGCACUGAUGGUCAGCUCAUCAGAAGCUUCCAGAGUAAACUACUGCUCUGACAUUGACUAUGUUUACAGGGAAACUACGAAGACAAAGACUGCCACCCUACCCUGCCUUGUUAACUGGGCUCGAAUAGUCUAUGGUCCCGGCCCUUAGGAGGCUGAGGCAGAAGUAUCCUUGUGAGGUUGAGGCCAUCCUGAGCUGUGUGGUGAGACCCC